AUACCAAGUGAAUGCUUGAACCGUUGAAGCCAUGGAAUGAAAACGAUGUAUAAUAACAACACUCUGGUUUUGCUACACCCUAUUUGGGGUUUUGCCGGCUGUAAGGGGUUUAGGUUCCGACGCUUGGCCCGAACAUUGUUACUGCUAUAGGGGUUUUGUGGCCGCAAUGACGGCUCUAAUGCGCUCCAGAAGUCUGCGUUCAACGUGCUCUACGAUAACAAGGGCUUCUUUGCUCGCUCUAUGCCCCGCGACGAUGCCCACAGGAGGGGACGCUCUGUUGAAGUGAAGCCACUACAUUCACGACACAGUUCAUAUCCCAACUCGAUGUCCGCUUCUCACAAGGCUUUCAAGGCUGUCGUGAUUCCCAGGAUGUCUUCGAGGCAGUGGAUCGCUUUGGGACUAGGAGCUUUCUUCGCUUUAAUUCUGUUAUCUCAGGCGAUUGGCCCCAAAUCAUCUCCAUGGAGGAUAUCAGACGAAGCCUUUACCUUUCCUUCACAGGGGGUCGUUGCCCGCCCCAACGAGGACGUUUCAUUAGAUUUGUCCCAAGUGCUUGUGGGACCGCCUACGAAACACUUCAGAGACAACCUGCGAAACGAGACCCGUUAUCUCACGUCCUGGUUGUCGGCCGGCUUCACAAACGAUGUGAUGACUCUAGGAAAUUUGAUAUACCUCGCCAUGAUCACCAAUCGCAUCCCCAUCCUCCCUCCUGUGGAUUCAUAUAUCGGGAAGCGUCCUAAUCCUAUGCCCUUUUCGGCCAUUUUCGACCUUCCACGGCUCCGACGGGCACUCAACAUCCCGGUGUUAGAAUGGCAAGAAGUCAAGGACCCUCGGAGCGAAGAGACCGACAUCCUCGGAUGCUGGAACAUAUUCGAAGUAGAUGACAUGCGGGCAUCAGGUCCCAGGGAGAGUAGGAAUCCCAUUUCACUCGUCCUAGACAUAUCAUAUACCCGUGCCCCGACAUCUGUGAAACUUAUCCCAGGCUUCAUCCACGACGCACACUCAUCGUUCUGGGCGCUAGCUCCGCUCGCGUUUCCCGACAUGCGUGCGAAAGCGUUAGCCUCUCCAGAGGUGGUUACUACCCCUGGAGUGCGCACAGGGACGUCAACACCGCCAGAUGAGCAGCUGCUGUGCUUUGACUAUUUGUUUUAUGUCUCUGCCGACGUGCCGUUUGAGUAUGACAGGGAUGUAUACCCUUCAUGGCAUGCGGUCCAACGACACUUUCGAUGGACAUCGGAGGUUGAGAAGCUGGGUGGCGAAUACCUCAGACGGGUUCUUAAUGUUACCGAGCAUGAUCCAAUUCCACUGCACAUAACAAUCCACGCUCGCCAUGGAGACUUCAAAAAUUGGUGCAACGAGUUAGACCCCCAGGAUUGUUUCGCUCCACUGUCUGUCUUUGCUGUCCGAAUUGCGGAGAUUCAGAAGGAGCUGUUGGAGCGCAAAGGUGUUCAUGUUGAGCACGUCAUCGUGACUAGUGAUGAAGAAGACGAAAAGUGGUGGGACAAAGUCAAGGCCAUGGGAUGGCUUCGCAUAGAUCAUGCCAAGGAACGCACCGCGGAGACCCAUGGUGAAUGGUAUCCGGUCAUUUUAGAUGCAUAUGUACAGUCUGCAGGGCUUGGUUUUGUUGGCACUGACCGUUCGACAUUCUCGACUGUGGCACGGAGACGGGUGCAGGACUGGCACGACGGAGCUGUCCGCACUGUGCGCUGGGGUAGACCAGAUGCUGACACUCAUUAACCCAUAGAAUGUCUCAUUUCACGGGGACGCUUUAACGCUUCAACGCUUCAAUGCUUGUAUGUUUUACUAUUCCUUUUCUCGGACUUAUCGCUCUAUGUACUAUACCUGCCUGAGAAUCUCUGGAGAAUGUUAGCAAUAUCGUACCUCAUGCCUGUGAUCUCACGUACGAGCAUGAAGCGGAUCGAUGUAUUCAAUGUAGGAUACCUGGAUAUAGACCUGGUUGUGGUCCACAACAGCUCUGGCUCGCGCCUCUGUGAUUGGCGACCU